AUGCCCCGGGAAAUCAUCACGAUACAGGUGGGCCAAUGUGGCAACCAGAGUGCCGAGCUGACCGUUGGCUUCGAGUUCUGGAAGCAGCUCAGCAAGGAGCACGGCAUCAACCCUGAGGGCGUGCUUGAAGAGUACGCGGCGAGCAACCCAGGCGAUGACCGCAAGGACGUGUUCUUCUACCAGGCGGAUGACGACCAUUAUAUCCCGCGGUCGGUGCUGAUCGACCUCGAGCCCGGCGUCAUCAACCGGAUCCUCAACAGCCCCUACAGCCGCUUCUACAAUCCCGAGAACAUCUUCAUGUCGAAGGAGGGUGGAGGGGCGGGCAACAAGUGGUCCGAGGGGUACGCCCAGGGCCAGAAGCACUCCGAGGAGUUGCUCGACAUCCUGGAGCGGGAGGCGGAUGGCUCGGACUCGCUGGAAGGGUUCCUGCUGAUCCACUCGAUCGCGGGCGGGACGGGUUCGGGGCUGGGUUCGAGUUUACUAGAAAAGAUCAACUAACGAUUUCCCAAGAAGAUCAUCUAGACCUACUCAGUGUUCCCGAACCUGUACGAGGCCAGCGACGUGGUAGUCCAGCCCUACAACUCGAUGCUCACCAUUAAACGCCUGAUCCUCAAUUCCGACGCCGUGGUGGUGCUGGACAACUCCGCGCUCAAUCGGAUUGCUACUGACCGGCUGAUGAUCAGCAGCCCCUCCGUGUCGCAUAUGAACUCGCUGGUGUCCACGGUGAUGGCGGCCUCGACUACGACCCUGCGGUACCCUGGCUACAUGAACAACGACUUGGUGGGACUGCUGGCCAGUCUGAUCCCCACCCCGCGCUGCCACUUCCUGAUCACGGGCUACACGCCCCUGACUAUCGAGCAGCACAUCUCGAACGUGCAGAAGACCUCAGUGUUCGACGUGAUGAAGAGGCUACUGCAGGUGAAGAACAUCAUGCUGUCGACCCAGCCGAAGCGGGACAAGAGCUGCUACCUGUCGAUCCUGAACAUCAUCCAGGGCGAUGUCGACGCCACCCAGAUCCAUGAGAGUUUGCAGCGCAUCCGCUAGAAGAAGUACGCGAAUUUCAUUUCCUGGGGGCCUGCCUCGAUCCAGGUGGCAUUGUCCAAGAAGUCGCCCUACAUGGAGUCCGCGCACAAGGUCUCGGGGCUGAUGCUGGCCAACAGCACCAACAUGAGCAGCAUGUUCGACCUCAUCCUCCGGCAGUACGACAAACUCAUGAAGCGGAACGCCUACAUCGACCUUUUCAAGAGUUCCGAGGGCUUCACCGACGAUGAGUUCAGGGAGAGCGAGGAGACCGUCCGGCAGCUGAUCGACGAGUACCAUGCCGCCUAGGAGCCGAACUACAUGGACUGGGGCGAGGAUAUGGUUUGA